AUGUCUAAGUUUAAAGUUAUUUUCUACACAAGGGGCAAGUUUGUAAAAGACCCUGAACUGAAAUACGAUGGUGGGGACAUGUAUGCUUUUAGUGGUCAAGAUAGUGACUAUUGGUCUUUCUUUGAGGCCUGUGAUUUAGUUAAGAGUAUUGACCCUGAAUUUGAUUUUGAGAUGGUUAAGAUGUGGUGGAAACAUGAAGCAGGAUCAUUUGAAGCUGAUUUAAAUCCAUUCAGAGAUGAUGGAGAUUCUGCUGAGUUGGCUGCUUAUGCUGUUGGUCAUGGAGCUGAAGUUGAGAUAUAUUGUGAGCCAAAACCAGAUGAAGGAGAGCUGACUUUUAUGGAAUAUGUUAGGCAAAAAGGGAAGGGUAAGGCUUGUGCAUCAGAGAAGGAACCAUUACAUGAAUGCAGUGGAGAUUCAAGUGAUGAGAGUAUCAAGGAUGUACACUUUGAUGACAGUGAGGAAGAAAGGAUGAAUGGGUUUGAAGAUGACUUUGAGGAACUAGUGGGUGUAGGUAAAACUAGUGAAGUCAGGAGUCCACCUGUUACAAACAAUGCUGUCCCUAAUGAAACAGACAAUAACAUAUUUAUUACAGAUGAGAUGGGCAAGGCACGUGUAAUUGAGGAGGAAUACAUGACAGAUGAAUUGGACAGUGGAGCUGAUGAUGAUAGUGGUGAUGACAGACCAUGUGUUAUAAGGUUCAAUGCAGAAGAAUCUUUCACAAAAGAUUUUGUUUUUAAAGUUGGAAUGGAGUUUCGUUCACUUAAGCAGUUUAAAGAUGCUAUACUAGAGCACAAUGUUCUUAAUGGGAGGGAAGUUAAGUUUGUAAAGAAUGAUGCCAAUAGAUGUAGGGUUGUAUGUAAGGAUAAGGAGAAGUGUGAUUACACUGUGCUAUGUAGUAGAGUCCUAACAUCCACUACUUUUAGGAUUAAAACCUUGUAUUCUAAGCACAAGUGUGGAAGACAGUUCUUUAAUAGAUGUGCUAAAGCUGAUUGGGUGGCUAAGGUCAUUGUUGAUGGGUUGAAGAACAACACAAAGAUGAAGUUGAAUGAUGUGGUGGCAGAUGUUAGGCUUAGAUAUGCAACAGAAAUUCCAGGUUGUAGGGCAUUCAAGGCAAGGCAGAUUGCUAGACAGAUUGUGGAAGGUGACUCUAGUCAGCAAUUCAACCUCCUUUGGUCUUAUGGUGCUGAGUUAAGAAGGGCAUCCCCAGGGAAUACAUUCAAACUCAAUACAACAUGUGCUGGUGAAGGGUUAAAUCCAAGAUUUGAGAAGUGUUAUAUGUGUUUUGAUGGGACUAAGAUGGCAUUAAAAAAAGCAUGUAGACCUUUCAUUGGAUUGGAUGGAUGUCACUUGAAGCAUAAAUAUGGUGGAAUUCUGCUCAUUGCUGUAGGAAGAGAUCCAAAUGAUCAGUACUUGCCAAUUGCAUUUGCAGUUGUAGAAAAUGAAUCAAAGAACACUUGGAGCUGGUUCAUGAAGUUGUUGUUGGAAGAUAUUGGUGAUGGAAGAUGA